AUGGUCAAGAAGCGGAAGGCGAAGAAUCAGGGCGGGGCUGGCGACAUGGACAUGGGGGACGCCGCCGCGCCUUCCGCCGUGACAUUCUCCGCGGGAGCCGCUAAGGACGUCGCAGCCGUCGGAUUCUCCGCCGAUUCAGCCUCCGCGGGAGGCGCCGCUGCAUCCGGCGAGGAGGCGGGAGUUCCUACCGCUAGCGGCAACGCCAUGGACACGAGUGAGACGAUGGGGUUCACAGUGAUCAAGGCGUCAGCUGAUGCCGCUCACACCACACCCGCUCUACCAGGCAUAAGGAAGAAGGGGGCUCCGGAGCGACGAGCCAAGUCGAGGAGGAAGCAGAAGCUGCUUGAUAAGGCCCUUGCGAUACGAGAGAAGACGGAGACCAAGGCACAGAAGCAUGCUGCCAAGAAAGCACGCGUGCAGACACUCAAGAAGCUGUACUAG